UGUCUCUUCUCACCCACACCCCCUUUUCUAACUUUAUCUUCUCCAUCUCUUAAUCCAUACCUACACCUGGCCUGUCUGCUUGCUUGCCUUCCCCAGUUGUCUCUUUCUCUCUGUCUCUGGGGUUUCUGUCCCCCGCUUGCUGCCAAGCUGGAUUUCCUGCAAGUGAAGCAUCUGAAGAGGAAGAGGAAGAGCAACUACAGUGUGAGAGAAACACAGACACUCAUCAGGGAAAUCCACAAGAGGACCGACGUGCUGUUCUCCAGACAGCAGAACACAGCCAUUAAUGAGUUGAAGCGACAGGCCUGGGAGGAAGUGGCUCAGGGUGUUAAUUCCCUGGGGGAGGGGGAGCUGCGCACUGCUGCUGAGGUGAAGCGCCGAUACCUGGACUGGCGUGCGCUGGUGAAGAGAAAACAGCUCCGGGCGGAGCUGUCCUUCCCCUCCUCCUCGUCGUCGUCCGCCGCCCCGAAGACCGAGUACGACCAGUCCUCCUCGGAGCAUGAGGCGGCUUCUUUGGGAUCCGGGUGCGACCAGCUGCUCGACCUCUCGUGCCUCUCGAAGGACUGUCACUGCGACUGGCCGGAGCUGGCGUCUCUGGGCGAAGCGAACGGGCAGGCCACCGUUGCACCCCCGGGUGUGAAGAUGGAGGACGAUGUCAGUGAAUACAGACUGGAUGGUGAUGGCGAUAUGGGAGAUGAGGAACUAGACGAAGAUGAUAUUCCCUCCCUCCUCAGCGACAUCGAGUCCCACGGGGACGUUUACCCGCACAGCGACUUGGACAUGCUCGGCUCCUCAAAGGCUCCAACCUCCACCACCAACAGGGGACCCCAAGUCGGCCCGACGGGGACGGCGGCCCAUGCUGUGAGUGGACACGCCAAUCACGACAACACUGGGACGGGCUUCCUGGUCGCCUUUGAGAGACAGCGGCUGGAGCUGGAAAAACAGCGCCUGGCGGUGGAGACCGAGCGCCUGGCGGUGGAGAAGGAGCGCCUGGCGGUGGAGAAGGAGCGACUUCGUCAGAUGGAGGUGGAGAGGGAACGGCUGCAGCUGGAGAGAGAGCGGUUACAGAUAGAAAGGGAAAGGCUGAGGCUCCUGCUGCUCGGCCAAUCGGAGCAGGUCAACUCCUCGUUUUACACGGGGCCACAACAAUGCCCGCCUUCCUCCUCCACGUCUUCCUCAUCUACCGGUCACGACGGACAGAGGGAGAGGGACAAAGAAGGUAAAGGCUGGAUGCCCAUGGUGGAUCUGGAGACGGAGAGGAUAAGACUAGAGAAGGAGAGACUGCAUCUGGAGAAAGAGAGGCUGCAGUUUUUUAGGUUUGAGGCAGGCAGACUCCAGAUUGAGAGAGAGCGCCUCCAAGUGGAGAAAGAGAGAAUGCAGCUUCACAAAGACCAUCAGGGCCACUGAGAAAAAGGACCAUUAAGAGAGCGAGAGAUGAAUAUGUUAGAUUUUUUUUUUUACUAGAUCCAUGAGUACGUCUAAUACUGAAAACAACCCACAAUGUGAAUUGCAUCAGCAACAGUUUUUUUUUAUCAAGUUCCUCACAUCAGCAUUCCUGACUUAAAAUCUGGCCACGGACAAGACUGAGAGAGAGUGCUGUCAUAUCUAUGACCGACACGGUGAAGCAGUGCCUUAUGAUGUCUUCACAAAAUGGGCCAUGGGACAGAAAAGACGCCACGAUGAUUAAAUCUAAGAUCGGAACAGCUUGUUUGUCUUGAACUUAUUUGUUUUAUGAAAUAUUUAGUACCUCAUUCAAGGACACGAAUGCACACAACGUGCAGUGUUAAACAUGAAACGCUAGGCUGUGAAUGCAAAACAUCUUCCCUUUUGUAGAAGUGUUUUACAUGAAAGAAUGGGAUCGUGGAGACUUGCUCUGUAUUCUUGCGCCAAAUUUCUUUCUGCUGCAUGGGCGCUUGUUUGUGAGCUUCACAUUCAAAAAUGAGCGCACAGAAUUGUUACUUGUAGAGAGGGAUUUUUAUGGUAUUUGUUGUUUGUUUUGUUUGUCAAUGUGUUAAAAUAUAGUUUACAUGGUAAUGCUUGCGACUUUGUAUAUUUGCCUGCCAAUUUUAAACGCAUAUGCCGUCUAUUUUUCUAUGCAGACAUUUCAAUUCGUCAAUUCCAUAGACAAAUAGUCAUUAAAGCCUUGAGUUUGGCGAUCUUGCCGUCGCCGUCUUGAAUAAGGGCGGCCAUUUUGUCGUCUUUUUUAACAGAAUUUGCAGUAUUUUGAAUGAGAACGAGUGGCGUAUAGACGCCUUUGUUAUGGGCAGUGACCUGUCAAUCACAUUAAGCCCAACCUAAUGCAUACUCUUAAAGAGACCAAAAUUGAAGAAAAAUGCUAUAUUGAUGAAUAAAAACUAGCAAACAGUCGCCCCCUGCUUGUCAGUAGAGAGAAUGCAAGUUUAAAGCACUUUGCUUCGCUUUUUAGACUUGAAGACUUACUUUACGGUAAUGCAGUUUAGGUUAAGGCGAGAAAACCACUUUUGCAUUUUAUACCGCGUCACUUGUGGAGAGCGUAACGGGAUAUAUUUACUUCGCAGUCACUACAGACUACACAGGGACCUGAAAAAAAGCUGCCAAAUGGAAUCCAGCCAUGAUUAAUUGAUUUUUAACACCCUUUACUCCACCUUUUUUGUGAUGUGUCAAAAAAAAUCUCCUGUGAAAAACUGACUGGAUUUACUGUUCCUGCCUUUAAGAUUUGUGGACUUGCUGCUGGAAGUUAUUGCAUGCUAGGAAAUGAAAAUGAAAUCCUCUUUGCUUUUGUCCAGCCCUUUCUAGUUUUGUUGUGCUAUGAAUAUAUUGUACUGUGUUACGGGCUGCUGGGAACUAUAGUUUGCUUGUGUGUGCUUGAGCUUACGUCCAUUAAACACACCGUGCACUUGGUUAUUUUGUAAACCAAACCUCCUUUUUUUAAGCGAUUGUGUGUGCGAGCCCCUUGACAUCAGGUCACAUAACCAGCCGCCCUUUUUAAAAGGAUUUUCUUCCAAUAUAUGUAAAUAUUGAUGUGAGGGUAACUUUUUAAAAAUGAUUUCAUCUGUGUUUAUAAAUACUUUGAUCCUUUUUGGUGAGGAAAAUAAAUGUGACCUCCAGAAAAAGUCCUUAAUGAUCCGUUAAAUAAAAUGUGUGUUCCCCAAA